GGAACGAAGCGGAUAUAGACGUAGGAUUUGAUCUCAGGAAUAAUACAAAAUUAGCCCGAGAAUAUAAUGGUGUAUAUUCUACGACACUGUUUGCUAGUGUCGCGAAGGAUUUGCUUUCAUCUCAUUCGCCAGAUGAACCGCUGUACCUCUUCCUAUCUUUUCAGUCUGUUCACAGUCCACUCCAGGUUCCGAAAGCAUUCGAAGAUCGGUACAGCAAUAUCAAAGACGAAAAGCGUAGAAAAUACAGCGGGAUGGUUACAGCAAUGGAUAACGCAGUUGGUGUCGUCGUUGAGGCUCUGAAAGAAAACGGAUUUUGGGAGAACUGCCUAAUAGUGUUCACUACAGAUAAUGGAGGCCAAACUUCCGCUGGAGGAAACAACUGGCCUCUUAGAGGAGGCAAAGGAACAUUAUGGGAAGGAGGAACAAGAGCUGUUACAUUUGUAUAUGGAUCCAUAUUGAAGAAAAGAGGUUACGUAAAUGAUAAGCUUUUUCACGCUGUUGACUGGUUUCCAACUCUGUUAACCGUAGCUGGAGCGCAACCAGUUUCAGGCAUAGAUGGCAUAGAUCAAUGGACUGUAUUGAGUGAAAACGACACGGCUGUAAGAAAUGAAAUAAUCUACAAUAUCUAUGAUUUAGACAUACCUAAAGCAGCAAUUAGAAUUGGUGAUUAUAAAUUGAUACAAGGUUUUCCGGGUAAACCAACUGACUGGAUAGCUCCAGCAGAUAAUUCAGACGCAAAGAGCAUAUAUUGUACCAUUAAGGAGAAUAGUACUGAAGGUUUGGGGCAGAUUUAUAGACUUUAUAAUUUAAAAGAUGAUCCCACAGAACACUACAAUUUGGCGCAAAAGCAUCCAAAGGUAGUCCACAGGCUUAAAAGACGACUCGACAAAUUAAAGACUCGUGCGGUUCCAGCUGAUGAUCCUUCUUCAGAUGAAAAGGGAGAACCGAAAUUUUGGAGAGGCAGUUUCAGUUACGGUUGGUGCAAAGCAAAAUAACCUCCAGACUGUACUUGCUGUUAACUUAAAUGAUACGAAAAUUUCUUAAAUGUACGAUUUCUACAUGGAGGAAAAGAUGAGAAUCUGGAUGUAAAUAAAGAUAACGGUAAAUAAAUUUGACGUACAACGUUUAAGAUAGAUACGAAAAUUCAGGAUGUUGGAAUUUAAGAUGCGAUCUAUAUUAUAAAUCCAGAAAAAAAUCAAAUUCCUAGUUUAGAUCAAUACAGGACAAUCCAAAAGUCGAUUUAGAGUGUUUACAUUUCAAAUCAAUCUGAUGUGCAAUAUAUGUUAAGUGUGACAAAAUACUCGAUGACUACCAAAGAGGAGAGAUGCUUUACUGAACUAUAAGGAAGAGCAGUUCGCAUUCAUAUUACAUGUGAGGAAAGGCACUAAAACCCCAUGCAGCUAGUCCACUCGUUGGGAGCUAAGCCCAGUUUAUAGUAUCUGUGCCCAACAUUAUCUUAUCGGACACGGAGGACCUGAAUUUACUAUGUAAAGUAAAUGCUGUUAGCAUAGAAAUGACAAAGCACGCAAGGGCUCUCUGCAUAAGAGGAGGGAUGAGUUCGUGGAGGACUUCCGAAUGCCAAGCGGCUCGUAGUCACGUUACAUGUGUGGAAAACCAUAUUAACGGGGUUACAAUAAAAUAAUUUCAUUAUGCAAGUACUUUAAUAGCAGCUGUAUUCAGUACAGAAUACUUGUACUUUGGAAUCUAAACCAGUCUCUGCUCAAAUUAUGACUGUCCCGAUUCAACAUUUGGCUGGAAUAACUUAACGUUUUUCCUAACUUGGAAGAAAACAGGAUUCGGAUUUGUUAAACAUUCAUGCAAUACCUCAUGUUGCUUCUAUGAUACUAACAUUUGCUCUCAACUUUUGGACAGAAUUAAGCGGUAAGCUAUCAUUUUCAACAUGAAUUACCAUCAAUAUCUCAACUAACAGCUUUUGUUUAACACGUUGAGCGCGGCCCCGAAUUUGCUGUCCUUUCCGUUCAGGCGGCAGCGAACUAAGCCGCAUUUUUGUUUAGAAUGUUUCAAUACAUUUCAUUAAAAUUAAAUUUGAUCACAUUUCAA